AUGGCAGGAGUUUCAGUAACAGUACCUAAUUUUUCAGGAGAUCUUGAUGAAGAUAUUAAUACUUUUAUCAAGCAAUUCAAAGGAUUUCUAAAUAAUAUUAAUAUUGAUGUAACAAAUAUGCUAACUAAUAUAUAUGAUAAUCAUGAUACAAAUACUUUAGCAAAUCUUCAAGCACAUACCAUGGUACAGAUGAUUGUCACCAACAGUUUUAGACCACACCCCUCAGCACAUGCCUAUGCAAAUAUUGGAACCAAUAAAGCAGUUACAGUAAGAGCUGCAGAGACCAGAAAACUUACACCUUGA